AUGCCUAGCAUUGUGCAUGUCAAGAUUUUGGCGGCGAGGGAUCUUCCUGUUAUGGACAGAACUAGCGAUUUGACUGAUGCAUUUGCUGAGGUGAAACUCGGUGAUGUCACGUAUAAAACUGAUGUGUGCAAGAAGAGUUUGAAUCCUGACUGGAACUCGGAGUGGUUUGAUUUUGAGGUUGACGAUGAAGAACUACAACAAGAACCUCUUCAGAUAAGGAUACUGGACCAUGACACAAUCAGUGCUCACAAUGCUAUUGGGAAGGUUUACAUUGAUCUAACAUCUCUUGUGCUGGAUGAAGCCCCCAAGGGAAUAUCAGGAUGGUAUCCGAUCUACGAUACAUUACAUGGAAUUAGAGGAGAGCUUCAUGUUCAGAUUCGAGUGAAAUUUAUUCAAGAUAUAAAUCGAUUUAGGCAAUCUUCUUGUGGUGUCCAGUUUUUCUCAUCUUUUUGUAUUCCGGAAUGUUAUCAUUGCCAUGCAUUGUUUGGAUUUGUGGAGGAGCUAGUUGUGAAUGAUGAUCCAGAGUAUCAGUGGAUUGACAAAAUUCGAACACCAAGAUCAUCGAAUGAGGCACGUCAGUUGCUUUUUUCUAGGCUGUCUGGUGAACUGAGAAGAAAAAUUGGUCUUAAAGUUCUAGAAGCAAGAGGAAAUUCAGUUGUUGGCUAUCGACAACGGUUUGACUUGGAAGGAGAAUCUGGCAUUGUCGUUCGUGCUAUUGGGACGAUUGCAUAUCUUGGUCGUUCAUCACACAGUCCUCCUCUAGUGUCUGGGGCUUUUCAUGAGCAGUCAACUCCACAACUGACACCCACUGAAAUGGUUACUAGCAAUGAUGAACUAAAAUAUCCUGUUCGUGGAAUUGACCAGUCAUCAUCAUUCAAUAUUAUUCCAUCUCUGAUGAAGUCAUCAACUGCUGGGAAAGGCUUUUUUCGCAUCAGAACUAAGUCAACAACAUCAGUAGAGUCCAGUGAUUCUACCAGUCCAACAGCUGCAUUGAAAGAUGGACUUCCUGGAAGUGGUCUACCCAAGCAUCCUUUGAGGCCAUCAUUAGGAUUAAAAUAUGCAAUGGCAUCAGAGUAUCCAUUUUUCACAUUGUGUUUGUUUCCACCUGGUAUGCUCGUUAACAUUGGUGGAUUGGUGGCUGCACACUCAGUGAAACUUCUGGACAGAAUUAACAAUCCUGAUGAACCUGAGACAAGAGAUGCAUGGUGGAAUGAGAUAAGAAAUGAGAUGCGAUCACAUGCUCGGGCAAUGGGAUGCAAUGCAGUUGUUGGAUAUUCAGAAUCAACAAGUAUAUGUGAUGAGCUUUGUUUGCUAUCUGCUAUUGGAACAGCUGCAAAUCUAAAUAUACCAGGUCUUCCUCUACUGACAGGGGUUCGAGUAACAGACACUGCGCUUAAUUUAUCUGGAGAGAGACGAGAGAAAGACUCAGAUGGUCGAGCACAGGAGAAAGAUAGUGAAAUAGGAAUUAAUGCUGAUGAUUUUGGGCUGAUCAAUCCAUUUGAAAUACCGUACUCUCCUACUAAUUUGCCUUUUCCUACAACUUUAUGGAAGUCACCACUAGACAGACGGAGAUAUGUUCCAGAUGUGCUUCUUUCUACAACAGAAUUACCUCUGGGAGCCACAGUGACAGGGAAUGGAUGUCUAAUUCAGGCAAGAGUGUGUCGGGCAAAGAAGAAAGACAAAGGAGAGAGCAAUGCUGUAGCAGUCAGUGAUGCUCUUCCAUUCUUAGAACAUGAUCUCAGUCGGCAGCUUCUGAACAAGCUAAAGGUUCGUCAAAUGAAUGCUGUGUUUGGGCUUCGUAUUCAAGUGUCGGUUGGGGAGAAUAUGCUGGUAGCUGUUGCGACGGGAACAGCAGUUUAUUUAGCAGCCUUGCCCAAAUCAUCUGGUUUGGUCUUCACAAACAAGGAAAUUCAAGAGAAAAUUAGAAUUCUUACAGAGAACCAUGUGCAAAAGUACAACUUGAGCUGUUCAUGGGAUGGGUCUGGAUCAACUGGAUCUAACAGUGGCUCAGAUCUGGAAGACGAUGGCAGGCCAUUUCUUGAACUUCCAGGGUUAACAGACAGGAAAGCCAACAUUGUAAAUGUAGAUGAUCAGUGUGAUGCAUCAGAUGCUGUUUUAAUGCUUAUUGAAACUCCUGAGCCUGAAAGUGUUUAUUGUUGUAGUACACAGCGACCACCUGGUAUUGAUGUGACGGGUCGAAAUCUUCAAGCUUUUGCUGUUAUCCAUCGUUGCGCAUUGUCUCAGUCACAGGAAUAUACAGAUAAAGAGUUUGCAAAAGUGUUUGAGGAUAUUUUGCAGUUGCUAUGGUUCAAGUUGUAUCGUUAUGCUCCGUAUUGUCUCUGCAGUCUCAGAUUUGAUUGCGACCUUCCUGAUGAAGAUGAGGUGCAGGUGGUAGUUACAGGAAUAGCUCUUCGACUGUGUGAUGGCUAUAGGACAAAACAGCUGUCUGCCGGCAGUCUGUCUCAACAGUCUGUUUUAUCAGGGAAACUUCCCAGUAGCCCUGUUAAACAACGUUCAUUUGAAACUGUUGGUGAAAGUCCUGCUGUUCCAGCCACAGCUGUGAAGAAGCCGGGAAUAUCCUCUGAUGACCUUCAGUUUCAGAUGGAAGACGCUGGAGAUUCAUCAUCAAUGCCUAGUCCAACAUCUCAAUCCAAACAUCAACAUUUCUAUGUGUCUAGUAGACAAUGGAGACCAAGAGUUGAAUUGACGCCUCUCACAGACAUCUCAGGAGCCAAGGUUUUGCGUUAUCUUGGUCAUGUUAACUUUUUUCUUAUUCGAGAAAGCACUUCUAUUCAGGAGUGCGGAGGCUUGAGUGCAUUCAUGCAGGAGUUUUUGGCUGAAGCCCAUGCAAUAGCUCGAGCUCAUGUGGAAGCUGUUGGUGGAAAUACUCUGCUUGCAUUUAGAGUCAGUGAAUGUGUUGUAUUGGAAAAUCAGACAAAGAAUCAGGGACAAAGUUUGCUUAACAUUAGUGGUGAUGCUGCUGAAGUUGACUACAGUUCUGCAAAUGCAACUUUUGGAGGUGGAGAGUUUAGAUUAGGCACUCCUUGCAGCAAAGUCACUCGUUCUGGAAGACAUUCACAUUCACAUUCACAAGAACCACAAACUCCUAAAACUCCUCCUAUUGAGACAGCACUUUGAGGACAUGGUGACAAAAAGAGUAACAAUAUUUUUUGUAGUAUAACAAUGUUGUCGUGUUACUUUUAUCCUCCUUCUUGUAUAUGCUUGUGCACUUGAUAAAACUUAGUAUAGAUAGUAUUCUGAAAUUUAGAAGAAAAGUGGAACGUUUUGUAAAUGAAAGUCAAUGCC